GUCAAUUCAGGCACUGUAGGGGUGGGAUUACAUUUCAAUGUGAGAUGCUGACGUACGAAGCUCAGAAAUUUUUUGGAGCUCGCGGACAUGGAGUCAAUGAUGAAAUGGCACCUUCGCACCUUAACCUUGUGCAAUGUCCUUUUCGUUGUUGUUUAUUGGCAAUCUACUUUAGCUGGUGGUAAGUUGAGAUAAUUAAGUAUUGUUUAAUUUUAUUAUAUUAAGUGGAUGGCAAAUGCUCCCUUCGUGUUGUUCGAGAAAGUUUAAGUACUUGUUGUGCUUUCAGUUUAAACUUGUAACGGGAUAACAUUUCGGCAAAGUUCACUGAACAACAUUGUAACAUUGCACUAAUGCUCACGAUUUCCAUGUCCGCAUAUAUUUUUGUAGGGAUUUAUAUUUUCAUUCGAUUACAUGCCAAAUAUUCUAGUAUUUAUUAGACAGGCAUAAAGCUGCCCUCGUGAUUUGGCUUGUAACCAUGUAUAGUUCGGACAUCGAGGUAUAAUGUUGAAGCAAACAAUAUUUGUCCAUAUAAUUUCCAAAGGUAGCAAGGCAGUGUAGCCUAGUCUUCAGAUAGUCUUCUGUAAAAUGUGCAUAAUCUCCAAGUGGGCCCACCUACAAAAUGGAAACAAACAAUUUAUUCCAUGACAUUUUCGCUGACAUGGCACUUGAUUUCUAUUUGACAAGAUAAUGCAAUUGCACUAAUCUCACGAAGGUAUACAUACAUUAAAGUCAAGGGGUAUAUUUAAUUAGUUGAAAUUACUGGAAAACAUCCAGACUGUGGCUUUAGAAGUACUUAAUGCUUCCAGUAAAUAGAUAUCGCACUAAAGACUCUCUUGCUUUAAAAAAGUCAGUGAUUCCUCACGAAACCAGACAACAACAAAAAAAGAGUAGGAUCCCUGCUAAUUUUAAAGUUAUGACCCAUUUCAUACCUAUAAAUUGGCCUUUUACUUGUAUCAUUGCGCAUCCUCCAAUCACAGAGGGUGACCAUUUUUUGAAUCCAUUUUCACGUUCACGGUAAUGCUGACAAAUGUGAUCAUACCUGUAGCAGAAAUCCCACUCUGGAACUUUGAUAUGCAAGUAGAGUAUAUUAUGUUCAUCAAUAUAUAGAAAAAUGAGCCAAAUCAAAAAUUGUAUAUUUUCAAUAUUCAUGUUUAUAUUUUGGAAUAUUCAUAAAUUAAAUGAUUUUUUAAAUCAAAAUACUACUCAUAUUACAGAGCAAGCGGUAGAGCUUCAUCUGACACUUUGUAGCACCUACAGAUGAAACACUAUGGAGUAUUAAAUGUCAUAAAUAGGCCAGCUUUGAUAAGUUAUUUCUCAAUUAUGCUUUUAGAUACAAAUGUCAAAUAUAUGUAAACAAUCCUUCCUCCAAAGGACUAUUCUAAGGACUAUACCCAAAAGGUACCAAUUGGAAGGUUCCAUCCGCGACAUUUCAAUCUAGCUGUGGAGUGAGUUUACGCUACAUUCUUAACUCUGUUACACCAGUCACAUCCCAACUGGUAACACUGGUGGCUCUUGCUUGACUUGUUUUCGGUGAGCUGUUGGAAAUGUAGGUUGGACCAGGGACACCUUACUUUGUUUGAAAGUGGGGUUGAGACUAUAGUGGUUUUGUCUCAUGAUUAAUUCUCCCCACAGAUUGUCCUGCAGAUGGGCGCACCUGGGUGCCUUUUGGACAAAGAUGCUACCACUUUGUCCAUGGAGAAGAAGACAUAGCUAAAAGUUAUACGAUUGAAGCUGCGAAGUCUCUCUGCUCAGGAUAUGGUACUCAUGACUUUUGUAUCCCAUUAUGUUGCAACUUUUUUAUCAUUUAGGUCAGGGAUGGGCAACUGCCCCCCUUUUGUAGGCCCCCGGAUCAAUUUCCAAAGACAAAAAAAACUGUCGGUCUCAACUAUUCAAAGUUAGAAUAGUAGAAUACACAAGGUGCAAUUUCGAAAUUUGCUUGUGCAUAAGCAGUUUUCCUCUUGUAAAUGUCACUUAAAGGCUAAGGCCGGCGCUGACUGCAUGUAUGGAUGUGGGUAUGCAGACCCGGGCCCCCAUGAUGAGUUCAGAUGUUUUGUGGCCCUCAUCCCCUCAAAGUUGCCCAUUCCUGAUUUUACAGAUUGUCCUGUGUUGUCUCUUAGAACUGGUGAGUGUCCAAAGUGCAGAGGAGAAUGAUUUCAUCAUCAAGUACAGUCCGCAGGUGUGGAAAGGCAACAUCCAUGUGUGGUUGGGCAUGUAUUAUGACAGUGACGGUAAGUACUGAUAUUUAUUCUGAAAUUAUGACACCUCUGUUUUAUGAAAGCUACUUUGCCCUAUUAUGUGAUUGUACAGCAUAAUGCGGUUACUUCACCCACUGCCAUAAUACAUAUUAAACUAGGCCUUGGGAUCAGUGUUUCUACGAUUGUUUUUACGUAAUGAGUAUCAUGAUCACAUUUAUUUGCUAAUAAGGUUUAUCGGGUCUUGUACGUGUGCCCUGGCACACACUCUUUGACAGUACUGUCAACACUGCCUGGGAAGAUUUCCCAUUGACCCACUUCGGAUUAGUCAAGCAUGAAUAAUGCUUCUUCCCCAUUUGGAACAGUUCUGAACUGCACAAUGUCAGGAAAUACUGUUUUUAUGUAGCUCUAUAUUGAGGAAUCAGAAGCAGGAGGAUAAAAAAGCAACUGAAAGAAACUGUGAUUCGUACCCAGAUAUUAAUGCCUUUCAUGUGCAAAUCAUGUGGAAAAAAGCAGACGCCACUGAUUUUCUUUGAACGGGGUUAUUUUCACUAUGUGUAUAACUAUUUAUUUCAGACCAGGUUUGUUUGGGUUAUGAAAGAAAUGUGAAAUUAACAGAGAGAGAAUGAGUGAAGUAAUUGCUAUUUUUCUAAUUUUGAUGUCUUGUUUUUUUUUGUCUGAUAAGAUGAGGACUUUAAGUGGCAAGAUGAAAUGGGCCUGAGCUUUAAGAACUGGGGGAACAGCUCCAGCUCGCCUGACUUGAUUCCCAUGGACACUUGUGUUGCCAUGCACACCACCACAGGGGUGUGGGAGAAAGUCAGCUGUGUUGAAAACCCAGAGAAUGGAGUGGUCUGUGAAACUGCUGAAAGUAAGGCCCUAUUUUUAGCAGCAUUUGUGAACCAUAAUCUUUCUACUCUAAGAGACGGGACACACCAUAACGAACAUCGUCCAUGCACAGCGGGCGGCCGUCAAAUAGCCUCCGACCACAGAACACAGAAACAUUUAUUUUCAUUUCCCGCCGACAUAGACUAGUUGACAUAGGCCCACUGCAGCAGCAAUGUGUUGUUAUGUCAAUUUGAUAAACAAGUGUAUACAGAUGUUAUUAUUUUCAUUCAUAUGAGUUAUUUUUACUCAUAUUUCACUGAUAUAUUGUUAAUUUAUUUUUCAGAAGCAGAGAAAAACGGCAAACCCAGUAAGUGAAGCAAAGCCAUUUUCCUUUAUUUUGUUCUUAGAUAGCCGUACAGUAAGCUCAAUGGUGACCUCUCUCCCUACAUUGUUUUUGUCCUGCUCAGCUACCAGUCCACUGCUCUCAGCUCUGGUCAUUCUGAGUGUGGUCGCCAUCAUGGGGAUCUCGGCAGUCUUUUGGUUCCUGCACCAAAAUCACCAACACGGUGCCGUCCUCACAUCAUUCGAGUACCACCCCCCGUUCAGGGCUCCUACCUCUGAUGAGGCCUGCCUAGUGGAGACAGAGGAGACUGAUGACAUGGCGUAAUGAAGAUCCUGCUCUUAGAUUCUGCUGUGUGGAGUCGCUGUUGGAUGAGAGGCCUUGGAGAAAAAAAGGCGACCUUUCUCUUAAUUGAGACUGGUUCCAUUGUCCGGAAAAGAUGAUUUGACAGGUAAAAUUACAUCCUACAAUGCAAGGACAUGCGUAGCUACACCACCAACUAAUGCCACGGUAUGCCCCGUCCUUUGCCUGUCUGAAUGGGCUCCCAUAUGGGUAUUGGGUCAGUCUGCUUUUCUGAAUCUUUAUUCUUUGAAUCAUGAAUGUUUGUGCUAACCAAACAGGAUCCUAAGGAAAUGGUGUUUUCAAAUGACAUUUAGCCUACGCACUGAAUGCGUUGCAUGCAGUUACAAUUAAUUAAAUACUCUUUUGAAUUGUGAGAAUCACUGUUUUCAAUCUUCAAAGAAGUUCGGUCUCCUGUUGUUUUCUGUCAUAAAGUUAGUGAUCUUUGUACCGCAUGGCGAGUCUGAUUGAGAUACGUUAUCAUUAUCACACAUCUUUAUGUUGUAUUGCCCUUGUAAGUGCUCAUACUCAGUCUCUUACCCUUAGUUCUCAAUAUGAGAUAAAUACAAGUAAUUGAAAGUACAGAGGGACUAAUCCAUCAUUCAUAUCUCAAACCGAUUAAGGCUGGUAAAAUAUGUCAAAGAGCCACAUUCAACCAGUGUGCAUUUUCUCAGCAAGGGAUCUGUAAUUCUGUGUCCCAUUGUCAUUUGUGUGCUGUAACAGGCUUCUACAGAUUAUUACAUUUAUAAUAGAUAUGAUUUGUUGUGCAUUAGUCUGUAAUGACAUGCAUAAACUUCUAUUCAUGGGAGAAAACAUUUUUGAGCGAGGAUUGUUUGUCUUUCUCUAGUAAUGUCCUUUGUGGGAUACCUGAAUAAACACUUAUAAUUCAUUUUUACUAAUAUGAAUACGGUCAGUGGUUUACUAAUGCAUUAGUGAUAUGUUACAGUUUGGGGAGUGGUGCUUAAAUGGUGUUUUGUCAGCACUACAUCCCUGUAAGGUAUAUGACUGUAUUUGAAAGCUUUUUGCUGAUUACUGUGCGAUAUUUGUUUCAUUUGGCUUUAGCUAAGCCCUGUUUGUUACUCAAAAUAAAGUUUGGACAUCACCUGUGA